CAGAUCGCUGCCCAUGUCGAAACCCUCAUUAAGAUGAUGAAGUCUGGCAGAGGAGAGGUGAUUGAACAUGCGCUCGAUGACCUUCGUACCGUUCGUCAGAGUUUGCUCAGCUUGCUGUUUCGCCUCCACAGCGUCGAGGAUUCCGAGCAGCCGGCAGCGCAAGACGGAUUGGAGCGAAUCCGAGAUGCCAUGAAGUACAUCAAGAAGCCAAUAAUCGACCCAGAAACGAAGAAACCUUGCAGCAGAGGUCUUCAUAAAGCUCAGCUCUUGUUGGAAAGUUGCGUGGAGACGGUGGUCAUCAGCAAGUUGGGAUCUUUCGAAUUGCCGGUGGCCAAACGGCUUGGUAAGCUCUGGCAGUUUCCCUCUGACCAUCCGCCGAUUGCAGCCAAACUCACACUUGGCGAGUGCUCCCUCAAGGUCGCUUCAUGGAAUGUUCUAAACCGGAACUACUACAAGUACAUCGAUGCAGACACGCAAGGAUUGAAAGGCUCACAGAUUACCACAUUGCAUGAAGCAGAAAGAAGAGAAAGCACCAUCGUCGAAAAGAUCCAGGAGAUGUUGCUGAAGACAAAUAUCAACAUUUUAUGUUUGCAAGAGUGCUGGCCCGAGCUAAUUGCAGAGCUGAAGGCAGCUUUGGGUGAGAACCUUCUGUUUGAGAUGCUCUGCAGUGGGGAUGAACAGGACAAGAACCAGGAGGUGAUUGUCUUCGAUUCCAAGCUCAGGGUGAUGGAUGUUCCCCAUCAUCCCCCCUUCUCAGAGAACUCCAAGAAGGUGGUGACAGAAGUCCAUUUCCAGCUUGAGACAGAGUCUUUGCGUGUGGUGACGACGCAUGUGCCUGGCGCUCCCUUUGGGUGUGCCCGAAGAGAAUUUGCGGAUCGCCUUGCGGAAAUCGUGAACGGAAAGAAGCUUCCAACCGUGCUGAUGGCAGACCUGAAUUUCCCUGAAAAGGCGGUACAUCCUCUUCUGCUUGACCGUGGUCUUGAAGACAUCUACUUUGUUCCCACUCCUUAUCCCACAAAUAUUUGCCAGGGAUCUUUGUUGCCCAAGCGGAUUGACAGCAUUGCGGUCAUCAACCAUCAGGUCGCAGGUUCGAAACUGCGCGACAUCACGGCCAUGGGAGCCAAAGAACUGCUGGACGGCCUUGACAAAGUGGUGGAGCUCCUGCAGUCGAGAUCUGCUGAGCCGCUCACACCAACGCGAUAUCAUUCAGACAAGGCGGAGACGGACGCAGAAAAGAUCUCCAGGCUUGAGAGAGAAUUGCAUGCAGCACGACAGCGAGUCAAAUAUCUGCAGAGCACCAUAGAUUGCCAAAACGAGGAGAGAGCACGCGAAGCGCCAGCCACUUCCUCAAAGGAGAGAGCACGCGAAGCGCUACUUCCUCAUAGGCCCACUGACGCGCCCUCGGGCCACUUCCGAAGGAAGGUCCAGGACCAAGUGAAAGAACUCCAGCGUUUGCGGCUCAGGCGUUGAACCAGAAAAAUUAUGACCAUCCUGCAAUCCCCUGGGCGCACAUCAAAAUGAUGGCCGAGACGAAAAUAUGUUUCAGUUCAGGUGGUUGCCAAACCCAUCCCUUCUCGAAAAAAUCAACACCCAGCAGAAGCACUGGUAUACCACUGGUUUAGUGCUGGAUUUGUUCAUUUU